AUGUUCGCUCUUCCCAACGGCAUCUCGGGCCACCCGCAUGCCCCCAUCGGAUCCAGACUCUCCCCUACGGCGAUGGAGUUUGGAGCGGCCAGCCAAGGAACCUGGGGCGGACAAUCGGUGCCGCAGACCACAACGUACAUGAGUACCGUCGAGCCACUCAACUAUCGUCGCCUGCUUGACCGCAACAUGAGCUGCAACUGGAAGUACAUUGUCGACAAGAUUGUCUGCAACAACGAUCAACAAGCCUCCAUCUUCUUGCAGCAGAAGCUCAAGGUCGGCACAACGGAUCAGCGUUUUGAAAUUGUCAACGCCAUCAUCGAUCAAGCUUACCCUCUGAUGGUCAAUCGCUUCGGCAACUUCCUCGUGCAACGCUGCUUCGAGCAUGGCACUCCAGAGCAAGUCAUCGCCAUCGCUCAAGCGAUUCGUGGCAACACCCUCAACCUCAGCAUGGAUGCUUUCGGCUGCCACGUCGUCCAGAAGGCGUUCGACUGCGUGCCGGAGGAGUACAAGGCCAUCAUGGUGCAUGAGCUCCUGCGUCGCAUCCCCGAGACCGUCAUCCACCGCUACGCCUGUCACGUCUGGCAGAAGCUGUUCGAAUUGCGCUGGAGCGACUCGCCUCCUCAGAUCAUGAAGUAUGUCAACGAAGCUCUCCGUGGCAUGUGGCAUGAAGUGGCGCUUGGCGAGACCGGCAGUCUUGUCGUCCAGAACAUCUUCGAGAACUGUCUGGAGGAGGAUAAGCGCAUGUGCAUCAACGAGGUGCUCGCCAGCAUCGACGUCGUCGCCCACGGCCAGUUCGGCAAUUGGUGUAUUCAGCACAUCUGCGAGCAUGGCUCUAUCCCGGAUCGUACUCGCGCUGUUGACCACGUCCUCCGCUUCGCGACAGAGUACAGCAUGGACCAGUUUGCAUCCAAAGUCGUGGAGAAGUGUCUGAAGAUCGGCGGGAACGAGUUCUUGGAUCGUUACCUCGACCGGGUGUGCGAGGCGCAUCCCGACCGCCCUCGCAUGCCUCUCAUCGACAUCGCUGGAGACCAGUUCGGAAACUACCUCAUCCAGUACAUCCUCACCAACGCCGAUCACCAGCGUCGUGAGGUUGUGGCUGCUCAUAUCCGCAAGCACAUGGUCUCCCUCCGCGGUUCGAAGUACGGCUCUCGUGUCGCCAUGCUGUGCUGCAACCCCGCCGUCUCGACUCGUCCCGGAGCACCUGCUGGCUUGUCUAUCAGCCGCAACAACAACAAUAGCUUCAGUGAUCGCUACGGGUCCGACUUGGGCCGCGCCUAUUCCAGCGAGCGUCAGUACACCAGCCGCGGAGGGUACGGUUCGGCUUUCCGCUAA